GGGAGAGAAGGGGAUGAGGGAGAAGGAGAAGGGAAGAAAGGAUAACACGGAGAACGAAGUAGAGAAGACUAUUUAUAUUUAUUUUUGUAUGCGUGUGGCUAUUUCCAACUGAAAAUGGCUGCUGUUAGCACGGAAAAAUGGGUCAAGUUCUUUACCAGAGCUGGUAUACCACAGCGUGCAGCUGCCACUUAUGCCCUUACUUUUGCUGACAAUCGCAUACAAUUGGAUAUGCUACUUGACCUUAACAAAGAGUAUCUGCGUGAUAUGGGUAUCACUCUUAUGGGUGAUGUCAUUGCAAUUCUACGACAUGCUCGUCAAGUCCAUGAAGAGAUUACGCAUGAAAGAUUGUUAUUAUCUGCCAAAGGACCUAGUAGCUCUAUUAAACCAGUGUCAAGCAAUGUCAAAGAAUCAUCAAUCAGUGCUGGAACAGCAAAGUUGUUGAAAGGCACAAAGGUACUGAAAGCUCCAUCUACAAGCACUUCAAGUAGUUCUUUCAAUAGUUCAUCCUCUUCUUCUCAAUCUUCAUCAGCUCCAUCACCACCUAAAAAAGUUUCUGUUCCUUCUCGUAUAUCUGACCCAAAUCCAAGGCCGGUUCCACCCGGUCGCACUACUGCUUCUUCUUCCGCCUUAUCACGAUCAAUGGGCACAUCAUCAGAAAAAACCUCUGCAAAGAAAACAGAAUCUCAGCCAGAGUCUUUAAAGCGAAGGUCAGGGGAAAUUUCAAGGUCAAAGUCUGCUGGUGAAAAAGUGGACCUUGAAGAAAUUCAAGUCCCUGUAAAGAAGGUGAGACGAGUUCUGCCUGAGCAUGAAGGUGGGUACAAAAUUAAAAUGCCAACAGGGUCGACCCCUCGCAGUCAACAAAUUCUUGCAAAACAGAAAGAAACUGCCAGUAAGAAAACAGUGUUUGACCGCCUAGGGGGAUCAACCUCACCUGUCACUGAACCUGUGACAGCAGCUGUUUCAGCUGUUUCUAGUACCACAUCUGAUCCAACUUUUACCAUAACAGGCCUUGAAGGAACCAAAAAGUCAAAGAUUACAUCGGUUUUCAGUAGGUUAGGAGAUAAACAGGUUUCUUCUACCUCAAUACCACCAGGAACUGAGGACAAUGCCUCACAUCCAGGAAUCCUCAAAAAUACUGUUACCAAACCUGUUCAAAGGGCAACUGUAGUUGCAAGAACAUCCUCUAUGGUUGCUGACUCUCUGUCUACUGCGAAUCGCAGUGAUGUUCAAAGUAGAAUAGGCAUGACAAAAGAAGUGCCAACCGUUAAACGUUCAGCCACAAUUGUUUCCAUUCCCAAACAGGACUAUGGGAUGAAGCGCUCUGCUACAGUUGUAAUGAUUCCACGGAAAACUGGGGAAGUGAAACGUUUGGCUACAGUUUUACCUGGUUCCAAGCCAGUAAAACUUGUAAAAACUGAGGGUAUUCUAGCUGGCUUCUCCAGAGAAAUCAGUAGGUCUGUCAAGUCAAGAUUAGGAGUUGAUGAAACAUCAAGAGCACCACAGACAGUACGCCUCAAACCAGUACCACGAGCCAUAGGUGCUGCUGGCCCAAUCAAACAGAGGGUUGAUUUUGCAAAAAUGAAUGGAGGUGGCACUGCCAGUUCCAUCAAAAGGGUAACCUUCAGCGGCCCAUCACCAUCAGAAAAGAUAUCUUCUAAGUCUGGUGUUUUUAGCAGACUUGGCAGAUAGGUUUCUCUACUUACUAAAUAGAUGUAAUACACCCAUACUCUUCUUCUUUGAGUUGUUAGGUUUUCUGUUAUUUCUUUUUUUUUCUUGUUUACUCAGAAGACAGUCUCAGUAAUCAAUUUUAUUUCUGAUGAAGGAAAUUUUUUCCAUUUUUCAAUGGAAUUUUUUUUAUUUCCUAUGUGAGCUACACAUUUUUACCUCUAAUUUUUGUUUCAUCUGGUAACUGUGUGUAAUUUUCUAUCUAUUUUCUCAACAGUGUUCGUUAUGACCUGCUGCAAAAAAAAUCUCACGUGGAUAGCAGCCACUUUGUACAUUAAAAAUAAAUCCAUUAUUUAUAUUAAAAGAACAAAUAUUUCAUGAAA